AUGCCCAAGUUCCGUAACGCUAAGGAGAGCCUACUACCGAAGAAGCAAGCUCUAGUCUCGUUAUCCGACGUACGUACCGGCGCGGACGUAGAGGAGAUUAACGAAGACAUUAUAGAAGAGAUUGACGGCGAAGGCGGCGAGAAUAACCGACGUACUUUGCAUAAAGACACCCCGCCUAACUUCGGCCUAGACGGCGCCUUCGACGAUCGUAAAGCUACGCUAACUCCUCUUGUCGCUUACUCUACUCGAUCUAUACGCUUUGCUACUAGCGCAGAUCUGCGCAAGUUUAAUAUUACCUAUUUCGUCGCCCUAAUACAAUAUAAGGAUAACGACGAGGACGCCGAGUACGAAGAGGGGCUUAGGUUCGAGGACAACGAUACUACUACUAUCGGCAACUCGUUCGCUUCUAGCGCAACGUAG